UAAGGAGCGGGCUGUGGGCAGGGAGCAGCGCAGGGACAGACUGCCGGUGAAGGCGGCGGCUUAUGUUACUGUUGUGAACACAUUUGUGAAGGUGUGUGAUUCAUUAUGCGGCGAGGGGAGCAUGCUCCACAGGCUUUCCAAGCCCCGGUGGACGUCCAUGCCAGCGCAGACGGUCAGGUGUAUAUGUUUAAUGGGAGACAGAAUGACUCAUCUGUAUCCUCAGACGACGAGGAGUUCAACGUCAUGGAGAUGAGACCGUUGGUUUCUCGAGAGCAGGGGCGAGACAGACUGAAGAAUGUCCAGCUGCUGGAGCGGAAGCUGGAAGAUGGCGACAAUCUCAACAAGCUCGCACUCCAAUACGGCUGCAAGGUGGCAGAUAUUAAGCGGGUGAACAACCUUAUGCAGGAGCAAGAUUUAUUUGCACUGACAUCCAUCAAAAUACCGGUACAGAAACACAGCGUUUUAACAGAGACUUACACUGAAAAAAAUGAAGAACAGAUGCCACACUCAUCUGAUUCACCAAUAAAGUCUCUAGACAGAGCCAGAAACCAACCACCUGCACAGGAAGUCACAGACUUUCUCAUGGAGGUGGAUAAUGACAUUGAGAAACUCAUUCAGACUUCGAACAAUCAAGAUGAGGACAUGUUGUAUAACUCAGAGAAAGAGCAAGGGUUUGGUUUCAGAGGACGGGGCCUGACCAGUCACGGAGCUGACUGGGGAAUCCAGUGGUGGAACGCUGUGGUGGCCAUGCUCCUGAUUGGCAUCAUCCUGCCAUUAUUUUAUGUCAUUUAUUUCAAGACGAAAGAUAACGGAGUCGUUCCACCAACAAAUGGCAAUGGCACUUUAGAGUCGUCCAUCACCUCUUCAAACAACUCAGGGACGGGGCUCAGCACAAAAGGAAUUAAGAGUUUUCAAGAACCAGGAUAGUGAAGACUAGAGUCUCAGACAACCAGAAACAUUUUGAGACUGUUGGUGAUGAUCAAGAUAAAGCCCUAUCUAUCAUUGAUUUAGCGCAGUGAAAUAUCAGCUUUUAUCAAGUUAAAAAGAGUGAAUUUUACCUUUUAUUACGGUGUAAUUGUGAAGAUGGAUGAAGAGCAUGGAAUCGUUACAUUGGAGUGAAGUUGCUCCAAGUUGGUUUCAUCCUACAUCCACACAACUACAUUUUUGUUUGAAAACGCAUUAAAUCUGCUACAGAUACGGUUAGAUCGGGUAAAAUGUCCCGUUUUAGUUUGAAAACUCAGGGGCUGCGUUUUAGUCUGGACUAACAGAAACGUAGAUGUUUGGAAACGAAGUCGUAGACACUCAUGACCGCCUGCCGAUUUGGUCACUUUGGUCAUAACGUAGUUUUUGUUGAUUUGUUUGGCUCCCAUCACAUGAACAGAAAACGAGCUAAUAUGCAGCGUUACUUAUACCUCGGAGCUCCGCCCUCAGAAGGAUGUCAUAUCCGAAUGACGCAAAUUGUGAUCGAUCCAGUUGCAAAGUCUCUGUUUACGUUUGCCGGCUAGCCAUUGUUAGCAAAAGAAUUUCAUAAUAACACAUUACGUGGCCUUUUACGCCACUAACACUGUCGUAACACGUCCACAGUCAGUAAUUAGACAGUACUAUGUUUAUGACAGAUUUAAUGACAGAAGUGCUGAUAAACAGUAUAAACUAAAGCUUUCACUAUUGUUAAUACAAAAAGCGGCCAUCUUGCAUUCGAAGUCGGGGAGAUGAGCUUUCUCCAACCAUCCGAAUCGAAACAUCAACUUAAGGGGUCGUCCCAGUUUCGACUUCCAAGUCCGGGGUUUAUAAUUCCGAUCUCUGAGGUGUAAUAGAAUGCGGAAUUAUUCUAACAGCCUCAUUUUUGUGACUGUGCAGGGCAGCAGCAUUUCAUCAAACAGCUUCUAUAGGUGUUUCAGGUGUUUUUCUAAAUUUGAGGUAUUAAAUUAACCUGAAGCUCCUCCACAUGUCUCAAUCUAAACAUCUAGAGAGAAUAAAUCCCCACUGUAGUUGUAUCUUUUUCUGUGUUAUCACAAGCUGCCUUUCCACCACUGUGUGUUAAAGAUAUCAGGCGUAAAUAUGAUAUCUGUUGGUAUAGUAAUAUAUUUUUAAACUGAUCAAAUGGGAGAUUUAUUUUAUAUUUUAUAACGGUGUUCCCUGUUGCAAAAACUGAGGUUAUGUUGUAUUUGACCUGGGUUCGAGCGUAGUGUGUGUGCCUUUUUUGGUCUAACUUAUUUUCAAUGUGUCAAAGUUUUUACUGUUUAGUUAUGACAAUGCACCCUGUGGAUUAUCUCUGGGUCUGAUGAUGCCAAACGUGUGUUUACAGCAGUAAUUAUUUCGUACAGUACAAAGUGUUUUAUUUUGAAAAUGACUUACUCGUGUGAGUGUCUUAAACCUUUAUUGCUAUAUUAAUAUUGCACGCUCCUGUCAUUCAUUUGAGUUCCAUUGUCUUUGGAAGAGUUGACACAAUGGAUGUGCAAGAUUCUUUUUAUGAGAGUGGCUCUAUUUAAUAGAAACUUGGAGUCGGUUUACAGCAACAGCACAAACAGCAGCUUUCAAACUGAUCGCAGUGAAAUCAGCAGGUGAACAUCAGAAGUUAUGAUGAAUUUUUAUUUGCAGGACUGUUGAAUGAGAUUGCAUUAGUUUUAGUUAGGUUGUUCCUAAUAAACUGGUCAUUGUAUACAGUAAGAUAGUGUGUGUGUAUUGUGUCUUUAAAGUAUUUUAAUAUUUUGUCUUUUGUGAAAGGUACAAUGAGAUUAUAGAUGCACAACGAAUGAUAUAAAAUCACUCACUACAGAAAAUAAAUAACUAAAUAAACCUGUAUUCACACUAAUGCAAUUUCUGAUUAUUAUUGCAAUGCUUGUGGUUAUCAGAAGAUAUUGGCAUGACAGGCAAAAACAAUGUCACUGUAGUGUUACUGUUUUUACAGGAAUGAAGUCAGGCUGCAUGUAAGGGGACAUUUGUAUGCUGAUUUUUGUACCUAAAUGAUUGUCCUGUUAUUAAAUGAUUUUCCAGUUAACAA